AUGAAUAACAUUAACCCCAAGUCCGGGUUUCUUCCCGGUAUAUUUGGACAUCGAAAAGGAAAAUCAAAGACAGGGGCGACAGCUCCAGGCGAGGACGACAAAAUGCAGGGCCCGAAACCAGUCUCCUUUUUUAUGAAGAUCCCUAACAAGCCUCGAAACCAUUUCAUCGCCAUGGCCGGCGAAUUCGUUGGCACCUUUCUCUUCCUCUUCUUCGCUUUUGCCGGCACUCAAGUCGCCAACACUCCUCAGACGACCACUGGCAAUACGAGCACCGACCUCCCUCAAGGGCCGAAUCCUAUCCAGCUCCUGUACAUCAGCCUGUGCUUCGGGUUUUCCCUUGCUGUCAAUGCUUGGAUUUUCUUCAGAAUUUCUGGCGGUCUCUUCAAUCCUGCCGUCACUUUCGGUCUUUGCCUUAUAGGCGCCGUGCCUUUUAUUCGAGGCGCUCUUGUCUUCAUUGCGCAAAUGCUGGGGGCUAUGGCGUCCGCUGGAGUUGUAAAAGCAUUGUUUCCCGGACCAUUGGCUGUCACAACUUCUCUUAGUGGGGGAACCAACAAGGCACAAGGACUCUUCAUUGAGAUGUUCCUCACUGCCCAACUGGUUUUCACCAUCAUCAUGCUAGCCGCCGAAAAACAUAAAGGAACGUUCCUUGCCCCAGUUGGAAUUGGAUUAUCUCUUUUCAUUGCUGAGUUGGGUGGUGUGUACUACACUGGCGGAUCUUUGAACCCUGCUCGAAGCUUCGGCCCCUGUGUUGCCAACCACUCGUUUCCGAGUGAACAUUGGAUCUAUUGGGUGGGCCCUCUACUCGGCUCGCUCCUCGCGGCUGGGUUCUUCUGGUUCAUCAAAAGCUGCGAAUACCAAACUGCAAACCCUGGCCAGGACUUCGAUGACCUUGAAGCUUCCGCCUACAAUCCAGAAGAAGAUCUAACUCGUCCUGUCGUUAGUCCGACCGCUGUCAUCCCUGACCGUACCUUAUCUCGCACGUCGAGAACUUCCAAGGAAGAGAGAUCCAGUCUGCAAGCAGCCCGGGUGGGCUCUGGGACCACCCACACUACUUUGAGCAACAACACAAAUGGCAAUGCUACAUUUCACGACAGAGCCACUAUUCCGACACAAUCUGCCACUUGA